GUGAGAGCCACGAUAUGUCUUAUAAUAAAGACGAUUCGUUUGCAUUCUAUGGAAAAUUAACCCCUAUGAUGAGGAAGUUCGUGUCUGAGUCUCGGCACUCGGCGAAACUCGUUUAAACCGAGACUCCCUGCCAGUGCCGUGGUUUUCAACGUGGGCGAAGCCAAGCUGAUAAAUGGAGAUGCUGGCCAGCUGAGGCGCAAAUGGGAAGCCAGCAUGGAAUCAAACAGCUGCUGUCGCUGCUGCGAGGGAGGAGUGGAGGCAGGGCUCCAAGGGCACGACACUUUUAUUCAGUUUCUCCGCCGGAAAGAAAAGCGACUUCAACGAAUGGCUCAGUUCAUAGCCGUGGCGGCUAUUUUGCUCGUUUCGGGAGCUCUUGCUUUGGUGAUCACGGUGGGACUCGGAGGACGAUGCCCCCAGUCACCGGACUGCCAGGUGAAGAUGCAGCCUGACACCAUUCCAUCAGAUAUCAGCGUUAACAGUAAGCAAACUUCAAAAUCUCAAGACCAGGAAGACCUCAAAUAUCCAAGCGCCAUGCUAACAGCUCCUAGAGGCAAUAACACCAAUGGGGAAUAUCUUCAGUGGGAUAAUAAUACUGGACACGCUCACUGUAGUGGAGGUUUCCGCUGCGACCAAGGAGACCUUGUGGUUCCCAGAAAAGGCCUCUAUAGAGUCUUCCUGCAGAUAACCUACGAGUUCGGGGAUGAAACGUGUGAAGAAAGUCAGCUAAAACUCAACAGCAAGGUGAUACUCUACGCAAGCAACUACCGGCGCGAGGUCCCGAUCCUCUCAGCUAUUGACACCGUACAGUGCAAGCACGGUCUAAGUAAAUCCCUAUACACAUCUGGCUUGUUCUCCCUGGGAACCAAUGACAGACUGCGCGUGCGCUCAUCUUAUCGAAAAUAUAUUGCGAAGAAUGAAUACCAGGUUUUCUUCGGUGCAGAACUUCUUCCUCAAUAAUGUGAUGAGGCAGUCGCAGUCACACUGAUCUGAUCUCAAGUUUGCUUGUAGUACUACCAGUGUAGUUUUAUGGCUGAAUUAUACUAUUACAGCUCUUGAAAAGUACACACUCGCCAAUGAAUUCGCAACAGCCAGAAGCUACAAAAGAAGCUAGUGUCUGCUCAACAGCAGGUUUGCUUUAUCACAGAAGUUAUAAGCUGCAUUGUUUUUAAUUCAGUGACAACAGCUGACGCAGACAGCUGACACAGAUAUACUAUGUAAAUUAUUAUUGUACUAUAAUAUACUAUACUACAUACAUUUAACAGCAUAAAUAGUUUCUUACUUGCACCUUACAUCUGUAAAAACACAGCUCAUUAAAUAUAUCCUGCUACUUAUUUUAAUAAAUAUUUGCAUUUUUAUCAUAAUCUUUCUAUAGAAAGAGCUGAUUACUGUAUUGUCAGAAAAUUAGAAGUGAGUUUAUCAUUAAAUGUGCACGUCUAUAGACUCUAGUGAUGGGCCUUUUUAAAAUGUUUUCUGACAGUCUGGUCCAAUGUGUAUGCAACAGAAAAGAUAGAGCCGAAAGCUCUUGUUAAGCGAACUGUGAUCAAAGAGAUGAUCAAGGAGGAAUUUUGUAUUAUAGGCAUGGUUGUUUCCUUGCAGUGAAGGUUUAAUCUUUUGAAACAUGGGCCCUGCGGGAGAUGAGUACCCAGAAGGCUUUCUUCUGACAACAUGGGGAAGCAGAAAGGAAAGAAUUAACAGGAAGUUCAGAAAUAGCUUAUUCAGGUGAUUCAUACACUGAGUAAUUUUUACGGUAGCACUGUCUAAACUGUAUUCCCGUGAACGAGAUUGAAACUGCUGUGCUUAUUCAGUGUGCAUUAUUACAGUAACUUCAGCACUAAUGGAGUAUAAAAGCCUCUCCAGAGGGCUCCAUACAAGACUGUUGUAGAGUUUUCACUUGUGUGUGCCUUCAUGUGUUGUCAUAGCCACCUGAGGUUGAUAAGGCAGGUUUGAGGAAUAGUAAAAACAAUUCAGAGUUACUGGCAGUCACACAAUAAACCCAUCCCACACCCACACUGUUCUGCUGUGGGCCUCUCACUGUGUCAUUAAUAUGGAAUGCCUACAAAUGUGUUGAAGUAAUAUUUGAAAAUGUUGCUGGCUAUGUGCUUCAUCACGUUUAAAACAGCAGCGUGUCAGUGUUAGCAGAAUGCAACUGACUCAUGCGUGGAGUCAGUCUAUGGAUGGGGGAGAUUAUUUUCCAAGAUCUGCACUCACUUCAUUGCUAAUGUCUCAAAGUUGUUGUGAAACUAAUUUAUUAAAACUGGAUGUACUGGAAAAGAGAGUGCAUAGCACUUUGGUAAUGUCUACCACAGUGUCUUCUGCUUUGUCUGAAAGCAGAGCGCCACAUGUGACUCAACAUGUAGUAGUCUGCUCAAGAUCUGGUGAUGGAAAGGGGGAGGAUAAUUUUUCCACUGCCAUAUUUAUAUGCAGCCCAGUUUCACAUUUUUUUCCCAUGGGGUUUACUUUAAAUGCAUUAAAAUAAAUGUUUUCUCUUUAAUUUUUUACAUCCAAUGUUCUGUUAUUUUAUCUAUGCCUAUGUAUACCUAUUUAACAAGCUUAAAGAUACUCUCUUUUUGUUUUUAAUUUAAUAAUUUAAUUAACUGCUUGCAGGACAUAGUGUAGUCCUAAAAUGGUGCUAAUGCGAUUGGAUUUUUCACUAAUUUGUACAAAAAAUAUCAUAUAAAUUGUGAACUUUUAUAUCUGUGUAUGUUUGUGUGGGUCUGACUGAUGCUAUUUUUAGGGGCACACUAAGCUCAAGACUAGGAAACUGGAGACAGGUGGUGCAAUUCCCAAUUAGGGAAACACUGAUUUUGGAGUGGUUAGGGUUAAAAUGGGAUCAGGGUUAGGCACUAAGUUGAGAUGGUUAAUGCCAGGGUUAAGGGCUAGGAAAUGCAUUAUGUUAAUGUAUAGUCUCAGAAAGAUAUAAGCCAUACGAACAUGUAUGUGUGCUGGGCUGUAGGUCAUCUUUUUGGUACAAUAAAAAACCUGAAUGAAAAGACAAAAA